AUGGGUGACAUUACACACGCUACCAUUCAGGAUGGCUGGUUCCGCGAGAUCUCAGAGAUGUGGCCCGGCCAAGCCAUGACCCUACGAGUCAAGAAGGUGCUGCAUCAUGAGAAAUCCAAGUACCAGGACGUCCUGAUCUUCGAAUCCACCGACCACGGCAACGUGCUGGUUCUAGACAAUGUGAUCCAGUGCACAGAGCGGGACGAGUUCUCGUACCAGGAGAUGAUCACCCAUUUGGCAAUGAACUCGCACCCUGACCCCAAGAAGGUCCUCGUCAUCGGCGGCGGUGAUGGUGGUGUUCUCCGUGAGGUUGUCAAGCACGAGUGUGUCGAGGAGGCUAUCCUCUGCGACAUUGACGAGGCUGUCAUCCGCCUCUCCAAGAAGUACCUCCCCCACAUGUCCUCCGGGUUUAAGCACCCCAAGGUCAAGGUCCACGUCGGCGAUGGCUUCAAGUUCCUUGAUGACUACAAGAACACCUUCGACGUGAUCAUCACGGACUCUUCGGACCCCGAGGGCCCGGCUGAGUCGCUCUUCCAGAAGCCGUACUUCCAACUUCUCCACGACGCUCUGCGCGAUGGCGGCGUCAUUACCACCCAAGGUUCCGAGAACCAAUGGCUCCACCUGCCUCUCAUCACCAAGCUCAAAAAGGACUGCGGCGAGAUCUUCCCCGUGGCUGAGUAUGCGUACACGACCAUCCCGACCUACCCGUCGGGUCAGAUCGGCUUCAUGGUCUGUAGCAAGGACGCCAACCGUAACGUGCGCGUCCCCGUCCGCUCGUGGACUAAGGAGGAGGAGCGCAAGCUGUGCCGGUACUACAACGCCGAUAUCCACAAGGCCAGCUUCGUCCUCCCGACAUUCGCUCAACAGGCUUUGGAAUAA